AUGGUUUCCACAAAUUCUCGUUCGCCCUUCACUGGCGAGCUUGAUGGACUCGUCCAACAACUUUUACGGACAUGGCACGUGCCUGGUCUUGCAAUAGCUGUCAUUGACGGUCAUGAUACCUUUUCCAAAGGUUAUGGAACGGCUGUCUUUCCUGAUGUCCCUGUUACACCAGAGACAGUAUUCUUUACAGCAAGCACAACAAAGUCAUUUACUGCCGCCAGCGUCUCCCUUCUUAUUGAAGAUAGCAUGGGACAUGUCUACAAAGAUUCUGUAUCACCAAACCUUUCCUGGACUUCUACCCUCUCCUCUGUGAUUCCAGAUGAUUUCGCGCUCGCUGAUGAGUAUACCACGGCUCAAGUUACUUUUGAGGAUGCCCUUAGCAAUAGAACCGGCCUUCCAGACCAUAAACUGAGCUUUAAGCCUAAUACUGCCUCUGUCAAGGAUGUAGUGAGAUCCCUGAGAUACCUACCCCGUGCUGCAGAGCUUCGUGAAAAAUAUUUGUACAGCAGUUAUAUGUUCUCUACUGUUUCACAUGCCAUUGAAACAACGACCGGAACAGGUUUGGGUGAUUUCAUGCGAGCCAGACUCUGGCACCCACUGGGUAUGAAAACCACUUAUUGGACACCGCAAGAAGCCACAGCAGCGGCUAGCUCAGGCACGGUAUUAGCUCAGGGUUAUGCAUGGGACUCGUCAUCAGGCAAGUUCGUCGAACAGCCGAUUCCAGACUUUCCAGCUGUAUCAGGAGCGGGUGCAAUGAUCAGCAAUGUCGUUGAUUAUACGAAAUGGCUUCGCUGUAUGAUGGCGAAAUCUGCUCCGCUGAGCCAGGCUGCUCACCAAACCCUCACUGAACCACGUAUCCAGUUCUCACAACAUCCCAAUAAUGUGUUCCCCUCACCUCACUCUUAUGCUCUUGGAUGGACGAUCGACUACUAUCGCGGCCAGCGCAUUGUUUGGCACGGCGGUAGCUGGACUGGAUUUGGUUCAACUAUGAUGUAUCUUCCUGACCUCCAGUGGGGCCUUGUCAUGAUGGGAAACACGACAGGAACGAGCAACCUCGUACAGACUGUCUUGUAUAUGCACCUUCUUGACAAUAUUCUUGGGACUCCGUUGGCCGAUAGAGUCGAUUGGAACAACAAACUCCAGGAGCGCAUAAAUACAAGAAGAUCUGAUAAUUCUCGGGCCAAGUCGCGUUUGUAUCCAUCUUUGCCUUCACCUUUAGAACCACCGUCUGCCCCUUUCAAAGCCCACGCAGGUCGAUAUAGCCAUCCGGGUUAUGGUGACAUGAACAUUGAAUCGCAUGAAAACGUUCUUAUUGUAGAUCGGCUUCUUCAAGAAAUUCCAAUGAUAAUACGCAUGAUUCAUGUCUCUGGGGAAUCCUGGCUUGCAAGGUUGGAGGUCUUAAAUCAAGAUCCUCGGGAUUUUGAGUCCGUACGGGCAACUUUUCGCGUAUCGGAUAACGGGGUAUUGGGGCAUGUUGGACUAGACUUAGAACCUGCUCUUGGUGGGGAAAUGAUAUGGUUCGACAGGGUCUCGACUUUCUAG